AUGAAUUCCAGCCAAAAUACAGAAUUCAUAAUGGUUGGACUUUCGGGCCUUCCAAAGCAACAGAUUUUGCUCUUUGUAAUAUUUUUAGCUAUGUACCUUUUUAACCUUAUAGGAAACUCAACCAUUAUUUUCCUAGUGAGAACUGACUCUCAUCUCCAAACUCCCAUGUACUUCUUCUUGGGUAAUCUGUCUUUUGUUGACAUGUGCUAUACAUCAGCGAUUGUCCCAAAAAUGUUAGUGAACCUCAUAACAGAUGACAAGUUGAUUACAUUCAUUGGUUGCAUCACCCAGUUGUACUUUUUCCUGUGUUUUGCCUGCACAGAAUGCUUUCUUUUGGCAGUGAUGGCCUAUGACCGAUUUGUAGCCAUAUGUAACCCAUUGCACUAUAUGAUGAUCAUCAGUAGAAAAUUCUGCAUUCUUGUGCUGGUCUCCUCAUGGUUGGCGGCUGCUUUACAUUCACUUCUACAUAGUGUAAUGGCUUCAACAUUGACCUUUUGCGGGUCCAACAAAAUCUAUCACUUCUUCUGUGACAUGACACCACUCUUGCUACUGGCUUGUUCAGACAUCUCAGUCAACAAACUUUUGAUCUACACAGAAGGUGGUCUUCCGGUUUUAAUCCCAUUCUUAAUAGUUUUGUAUUCAUACAUGAGAAUCAUCUCAUCCAUCCUUAAAAUCCGAUCAACAGAUGGAAGACGCAAAGUUUUCUCCACCUGUUCCUCACAUCUCACUGUGGUUAUCUUAUUUUACGGGACAAUUGCUUUCAUGUACCUCCGUCCAUCUUCUAGGUCAUCAGUAAAUUACGACAGGGUUGUGAGUGUUGUCUAUACUGUGGUAGCUCCAAUGUUAAAUCCUUUCAUCUAUAGCUUAAGAAACAAGGAGGUCAAAGGGGCAUUGAAAAAAGUUUUCAUAAGGAAAAUGUUUAAAGCAUAG